CACAACAUGAUCUCCUUUUCCAAACUUACGUGUUAACUUUGUUUUUACAUACUUUAAUUAAUUUUUACUUUUUUUAAUUUUUCUUUUUCUUGUCCACCCCCAAGUUCCAUACUCUACCCUAUAAGAAUACAUUCACCACCUUACCUCUUUCCCCUUUUCCCUCUCUCACCUCUCAACCCCCUUCAUUUACUUUCCCUUCUUUUCCUUCCGUCUCCCUUAAGUUUCCUCCAUGAAUCCCCAUAAACAAACUCUAUUCAAAGCCGCCAAUAAUCCAAUGAAACGCAGCCCAUCAGAGUUAGUCCUAGAGGCUCUUGUCAAUAACAAAUCAAUGGCUACUAUCAAAGAUCAUCAUCAUGAUCAUCAUCAUGAUUAUCAUAUACCUCUCUUUGACACUAAUUAUAACUAUUAUCAUCAUCAUAAUCAUCAACAGCAUGAUGUAGCCGAUUUUUUUGAUCCAACGGCUGGUGUUGCAUCAGCUGAUGAGCAUCUUACUUUUGACUUUAAGACUCAGGACACAAUCAAUAGCUUUGGUAGUGGUGGAACAUUUGAUCAGCAAACAGUUUCAUGGCAUCAGAACUUGACCCCACAACAGUCAUGUCCAUCUGCAACUAUUGAUUCCCAAUCAUCUAUAUGUGCUGGUAGUCCAACUUCGACUCUUGUUUAUAAGCCGAAAGUAGGAGAUAAUCAAGGAAGUUAUUCAUCAGAGGAUGAUGAAGGCGAGCUUGAAGCCGGUCAAUGUGAGCAGAGUGAUGAUCCUCUUCAAGUAAAGCGCCUUCGAAGGAUGGUUUCAAAUAGGGAGUCAGCUCGUCGAUCUAGAAAAAGGAGACAAGCACAACAACAAGAAUUGGAGAUGCAGGUUGAUCAACUCAAUGUGGAGAAUAGUUCUCUUUUUAAGCAGUUGAAUGAAGCAGCUCAGCAGCUUAGAGAAGCCACAACAAACAAUAGAGUACUCAAGUCGGAUGUUGAAGCUAUGAGAGCCAAGGUGAAAUUACUCGAAGACCGGGUGACUCGAGGCACUUUAAACCAUAUUUUACAAACAACUCUUAGUUCUCCAUCACCCCAAUUGGCAGCUAGUGCACAAAACUUAUCUCGGAUGGUGAAUGCUAUUGCCCCAACGAUGAUGGUGCAAGGGCAAGAGACAUCUUUCGAUGGGGCAUUUCCAUGGCCGAAUUCCAGCAUUGAGAACGAAAAUAACAUUGCAAAUUUGCAUGAUAGCAAUGCCACGAGUGGAAGCAUAGCGAGUAAUAACACAAUUAGUGGUGUUAGUUGUGUGACCGGACUUUGGCCUUGAGAUUAUCGAUUUCGAGUGAAUUGUUAUGUCAACCAAGUACUUGAAGGAAUUUUGUGUUCUAGGAAGGCCAUAAAUUUAGAGGGGUUGAAUAAUCUAUGUAGGCUUGUAAGUUACUUCAAGUAGUUGUUAUUAUGAUUUCAAAGAAAUAGUGCUUUCUCUGUUUCAAUUAUUUGUUACACUUUGAUUAAAACUAUAAGAGCUUUUCGGUCAAAGUGGAACAUACAAAUUGUAACAGGGAAAAUUGUCGUUAUUAUAGUUGUUGUUGUGUGAUGCAUAUUCUAAAUGGAGUAUUGUUAUUAAUAGUAAAUCUAGGAGUAUUUAGAAGUGGAUGCUUAAUUUGGUAAUUGGUAAUUUUAAUUUCCAUCGUAAGGUUUGAUUUGUGUACCAUGGAUUUUGAGAAUUUGAUAAAUAUAAUUAUCGUACAUUUGUACUUGUACUAGUAUAAGAAAUAAGGACAUGUUCUAAUAAUAAAGCAGGAUUAAUUAUUUCAAAAGGGGCCAAAAUUCCCCAUUAA